AUGGAUGUAAAAUUAAAAUUAUGGUUGUCUUCAUUGUACGAAACGACGGACACAAAAUUUCAAGAGCAAUUUGGUUUUCACAUAAAAGAAGUUACAUUCGAAAGAAUUCUUGCCUAUUUGUACGCGCCUAAGGAUUCUUCAAGUUUAGCAGUUACAAGGAUUUUGUUUGGAAUAGCGAUGCUCUUCGACAUCCCGGACGAGCGCGGUGGAGCGAUCAUAGACAAGCGAUGGGGCGAUCCCAUGGUUUGCCACUUUCCGCUCGUCCCCUUUAUUAAAGCUGUACCUAUGCCGUACAUGGCUUUCGUCUACGCUGCUCUCUGGUUAGGUGCACUAGGCAUAGCCCUAGGCUACAGGUAUCGUUUCAGCGCAUGGCUGUUCACCUUCUGCUACUGGUACUUGUUUCUGAUCGAGAAGAGUUUCUGGAACAAUCACAGCUAUCUGUUUGGCCUGGUGGCGUUACUGCUUGCUUGUACUGAAGCUAAUUGUUACUGGUCGCUAGAUGUGUACUUGGGCUACACUAAGAGCAAGGAGACGGUGCCGUAUUGGAACUACUUCAUCCUGAAGUACCAGUUCUUCAUACUCUACUUCAUGGCGGGCAUGAAGAAGGGAACGGCUGAGUGGCUGACAGGGUACUCCGUGCAGAACCUCAGCGAACACUGGGUGUUCAAUCCAUUCAAGCUCUUCCUGAGCACAGACCAGACGGACUAUCUAAUAGUCCACUGGUUCGUGUUCGUUUUCGACCUGACUGUGGCAAUCUGGAUGAUGUGGUCCAAGACUCGACACGUCGCGAUGGUCUUCUGUGCGCUAUUCCAUCUGAUGAACAGCAGGCUGUUUAGAAUCGGUAUGUUUCCGUGGGUCUGCUUAGCCACAAUGCCGUUGUUCUACCCUUUUGACUGGCCGAAAUUUAUCACGAGUUAUGCGAAAAAACAGGUCUCAAAAGUAAAAGGAGGAAUUUGCAGUUAUAAACACGGCCAGUUCGUACUAAGCGGCAAAAAAAUUGACUGCAUGAGUGAUGAAUUACAAGAUAUGGAAAUUUCCGAUGAAAAAUCUGAGGAAUGGCCUGAAUUUGACGAAGACAAUGAAAAAAUAGACGAAAAUGAUGUUAUCAGUGAAGGAAUUGAAAGGAAAAACAAUAGUGAUGAUAAAGAAAAAGAUUUUCAACAGAAAUCCAAUUCGGAAUAUGAAAGGAAGAAUAUUUCUGAAGAUGGACAUGAUUGGAAAGAUGGAAGGAAGAAUCUGACUUUCCUACUUAUAGCUUUGCACGUUCUGUUGCAGGCGUUUUUACCUUAUUCACACUUCAUUACAAAGGGCUAUAAUAACUGGACAAAUGGCCUCUACGGUUAUUCCUGGGACAUGAUGGUCCACACGUGGGACCUCGAAUCUGUGAUCGUCAAGGUCGUGGACAACACGAACCACGAAGAAUUUUACGUCGACCCAUACAUUUACACACCCAACGACAGAUGGACGAGGCACGGUGAUAUGGUGUACCAAUAUGUUAGAUGUUUAAAGGGGAAUUUAAUUGAGCAUAUCGGUACGAGUAAUCGGUAUUUUAAUAUAUCAAUUUAUAUAGAUGUCUGGUGCUCUAUGAAUGGGAGAUUUACUCAGCGUAUGUUCGAUGCUAAAGUGGAUUUGUUGAAUGCAACCUGGUCGCCUUUCCAACCCGUGUCCUAUCUCAUGCCGUUACUUGAUGAAGCGUUGGGCUGGAGGACUGUCUUGCAAGAUAUAAGGACGGAGGUGCAUUCUUGGAGUAAUUAUAGUGAUGUGGUAUUUGUCGCUGACUUUCCAGGAUACGACCAAGAAAAAUAUAUUCCACCAGAACUGACGAACAUCUCCAUGACAGUAUUAAACGGAAAUGUGGCUUAUCAACCCGAAGCGACCAAAUUUCUGAACGCGCAGUCUUACCGGCUCACAAAAGGAAACCGAAUCAAAAUAGGUCCAGGAACCUUCCACAAAGUUAUUAAUAUUGGGGAAACAACAGCUUUUUACAUGUACACUUUUGCUAAUAAUUCUCAAGCAUUUGAAGUUUCCCAGCCAAAACCAAAGUUGCCCAUUGGCCAAGAAUUACUUCGACGCCUAGUCAAUAUGGUUAAGUUUGCGAGUAUUGUGGGUACAAAUAUAUUUCAAGUAUUUUUCCAAUUUAAAUUUUGUAAUUAAUUAAUUUUAUUGAUUUAAGUAGUUUAAGUAGAUACCUACUAGGUACCUAGGUAAUAAGUG